AAUGUGUAAAUAUAGGUUUGUAUAGUCUUCCACCUUUGGGACCUCUAUAAAACGGAAGAGACGGUUUCAGCUUUUGGAAGUAAAACACAGAGAGAAAGUGGAGUUCAAUCAGAAAGCCGUUUAAGAUAUUCAGCGAAUCUUGGUCGAGCUAAGAGACUUUCCCAACUAUGGGGAGACUGUUUCGUGUGUUUCGUGGAGAUUGGAAGAAAAACCAAAGGGACCACUGGCAUUUCCUCCCUUCACCCACCGAUUUUGGGUGGACUAUGUACGUGGAGGAAGCAGAGAAUUACGAAGUCGUUGAAGGCGCCAUCAGGGAGCAGUAUGGUGUAGGUGAGACAACCCCGGUGGUUAUCACCUAUGGGAUGCCUGAAUGGAUGGUUUUCCCUAGUGGAAACAUACCCCCACUGGCGAUAUCGACAUCUCAUGAUCUUCGCUCUCUGUUAACGGAGAGGCCAUGGCUGACUGAGGUUACUUUACUGGCUACCCUUGGAGCGAGGAGCGUGGCGGAGUACAACUUCCUCCGGCGUUCAAACUUCACUAUAGGUGCAACAACCUAUGUAGUUAACGGUGCUCAGGAUGAAAGAGAAAGAGCCAUAUUUGAGGGUUUGAUUUAUGGACAACGCCUUGAAACAAGUGAGAGAGUGAUGAGGGAGAUAUUUGGAGAGGAGGAGAUGCAACUUCUCUACCGAGUUGCACUAGAGAUGGCUCAUGUUGACAGGGAUGGGGGUUUCAAUGCAAUAAGUGGCGUUGGCCAGGGGAUUGACGUUAUACACAUUGAUGAUGAUGAGGACAUGGCGGAUGUUGCUAACGUGGGAGGGAAUACUCCUGAAGCUGUUGCCGCUGUUGGAGGCCUCAAUACUCUUUCUCCGAUAGGUCGCCAGCAGGUUCCAAUCAAUGCUUCCCAAGCACCAUCUGUUCUCUGGGACGUGGGGUUAGACUUAGUCAACUAUCCAGCUUUCAUAAACACGAGAAGAUGUGGUGAUCCCGACCCAAAUGAAAUUGAUUUCUGGAGAGGUUUAAUGGAAGAAGAGGCUAGAGCAACUGCGGGAGUGGGCGUCAAUGGUGAAGAUGGUGAAGGUGGUGCUACCGGAGUGAAACUACCCACUGUAGAGGCUGAGAGGGCCAAUGUCGAAGGAGCCUCUUCUACAGGGUCCACUGCAAUUGUUUGUUCUCAAUAUGGUGGCAGAGCUUCCGCUCCAGUUAAGGACGUGGGAGAAGUUACCUCAAAGAGUUACGGUGGGGAAGAAAAUGUUGGAGCUACUAAAAAGAAUGAAACUUCUGUUGUGGAUGUGACCAUACAACUUAGCGACUCUCUCCCCAACGUCUCCUCGGCAUCUGCUUCUCCUUUACCGAGUCUCUCUCUCCCAACUGAUCCAGUCUCGGGAGAUCCGACAGAGGCACCGCCGAAGAUGAAAACUGAGAAGGCCGUGCAGACUUCAUCUGAAGGUAGCGACACUGAGGGUGGGUGAUCAUAAGUUUGGGUUGGGAUGGUGAAACACUUAUGUAAUAUAUUAAUGUUUAUGUUUUCUGUUAAGGGGGGUUUGUUUUUUGGGAAAACGGUUAACAUAAAGUUUGACCAGGAAGGAUGUUUCCGUUAGGUUAAACUUUUGUGUAACCGUUUACGUUUGAGUGUUAAGAGAGUAUGUGAAGCAGAUCUUUAUGAUCAUGCAAGGGAAAUUAAGUACACGGUUAGUUGUGGGUUGGCAAAGGUGGUCUGUUUUUGUUUGCUGAAACUACAAUGUAACCGUUUCACUAUUAAUGGAAAAACAUAUCUUCUGUAAUCAGUGUUUGCUAUGUCUUGGUCACUAUAUUUGAGUUAAUUGCAUACCUUUCUUAUGUUAUACUUGAAAAAGUAGAACCGAUUUCGCUUAAAGUGAAGGAAGUUUAUAACAAUUUAACGAAACUGUUAAUGCAAGAU